AGUUUAUGAAAUUUCUCACAACUGAGUACAGUCUGGAUCUUCUACUGAAGGUUCUGUCAUUUGCAGUACCUUGUAUGGUGUUUGUCUUAAAGUAUGCUUCUUUUUGCUUCGGUAGUGAAACAGUAGAAUAUCUCAUGGAGAGUGUUAUAAGCGAUUGGAAUUUGCUGGAAACUAAUGCUGAGCUUGAAAUUAUAAAAAAACAUUCUGAUUUUGGACGAUUAUAUGCAUUGUUCUUUACACUGGCUGUGUACUCCGGUUUGUUUUUUUAUUUGUUGAUUCAAUUUAUACCAAAUUUCCUCGAUAUCGUAGCACCGCGAAACGAAUCACGGUUGCAUAACAUACCACUAGCUGCAGAAUACUUUGCCGAUGAACAGGAAUAUUAUCUUCCGAUUUUAUUGCAUAUCGAUAUAAUAGCUCUUAUAGGAUUCACCACUGUGAUUUCUACGGAAUCUUUAAUUACAGCGUAUGUGCGACAUGCCGUAGGGAUGUUUGAAGUCGCUAGUUACAGAAUAGAACAUGCAUUUGACGAAGUAUUAGACAUGAUGACAUCACAAAAAUGUUGUUCGUAUUGUAGAAAAAUAAUAAACGCCGUUCAUAUUCAUAGGAGAGCGACACAAUUUAUCGAGUUUUUAAGAUCCGGCUUUGUUAUUUCAUAUUUUUUCUUACUUUGCUUGGGAGUUACUUCUUUGACUGCUAAUUUACUGCGUCUCUUUUUAGCUACACAAUAUCUAGACAAUUUACAAGAAUGCAUUACAGCCGUGUUACUCGUCCUCGGUCAUAUUUAUUAUAUAUUUUUUGGCAACUACACUAGCCAGAAAUUAAUAGAUCAGAGCACAGAUGUAUUUCACAAAACAUAUGUAUCACAAUGGUAUGAUGCUCCACUGCAUACACAAAAAUUACUAUUAUUUAUGAUGCAACAAACCAUCAAAGGUACCGCUAUGUCCGUGGGUGGUAUAUUUGUCCCAUCGUUGGAAGGUUUUGCAACAAUCACCAGUAUGUCGGUCUCAUACUUCACAGUAAUUUCUUCUAUUAAGUAAUAUCAAAAUAUCGAUCAUAAAGUCAGUCAUAUAUGUAUAGCAGCACACAUUUUUAAUUUUAAAGAAUCCAAAUUCCGAGACAUAAUAAAGAGAUCUUUAAAAAA